AUGUUAAAUUGGAGGACAAACUAUGACCUUAAAAAGUCAAAGAAAGUUAGUGACAGUGUAGGUUUACUGGAACCAAAGGAAGCAGAUGUAGACAAACCAGAAGAACACAUAAAAUCAGAGGAUACAAGUAAAUCAGAAGAAGAUGACAAAUCAUUAGAGAAUGAAUAUGACCAAGUCAGAAGCAGACAAUAUAAGUCAGAAGCUAGACCUGGAUUGAACCUACAGGGAACCAUAGGGAAAUGGGAACGUUGUUACAUGACUGAUUUUGAGCAAGAUAUCCUGGGUAGCUUUGAAUUUCAUGUAAACCAGAAAAAAGGAUACCGUUCUUUGAUUUACAGUGGGGAUCAUGAUCUAGUUGUUCCUUUCAUUUCGACUCAAGCAUGGAUAAGGGCUCUAAACUACUCUAUUGUGGAUGAUUGGAGACCAUGGUUUGUAAAUGGUCAAGUGGGAGGAUAUACAAGGACUUACUCGAAUCAAAUGACAUUUGCAACUGUAAAAGGUUCAGGACAUACAGCUCCUGAGUAUACUCCUGAGCAAUGUUUUCUCAUGUUCACUAGAUGGAUAUCUUAUUUGCCUUUAUAACUCAACAGCUGAGAUGACAUAAAUUUCACUAUAAAUAAGAUGUUAAUUUUUUAAUAAUUUUAUUUUAAAUUAUCUAUAUUUGAACAUUGUGUAUUAAGGGAGGAAUGCAAACAAUCAUUUGUACUAAAUGUUAUGUAUUUUUAUCUAUAUCCUUCGGUCUUCUUA